UUUUUUACAAUCAUGAAUAUCAUAAAAUUGCAGCAGCGAAAAUAAAGGUUUUUUUUUAUUAUUUACUGUUUAGAUAAAAUAUAAAUUUUGAAAAAUAUUAAUCUUUAAUAAAUAUUUGGAUAAUGCAGCUUUACGGCUUUACGAUCGGUAUUGCGAUAGGGUUGGUGUGCGGGUCGCAUUGUUUUUAUGUGCCGGGAGUGGCGCCAGUGGAGUUUAUUAAGGGGCAAAAGAUUGACGUUAAAGCAGUUAAAAUGACUAGCAGCCGUACGCAAUUGCCGUAUGCCUACUAUUCCUUACAAUUCUGCUUGCCUAAGAAUGGCACACUGGUCUUUAAGUCAGAAAACCUAGGGGAAGUAUUACGUGGCGAUCGAAUUGUCAAUACUCCAUAUGAAGUGCAAAUGGCUGUUAAUAUAAAUUGUAAAUUGUUAUGUAAUAAAAAGGACAAUACACCAUUAAACUGGGUGCAGCCGCAGUCGGCUCUGGUAGCCAGUCGUAUACGUCAUGAAUACUUCGUUCAUCUAUUGGUGGACAAUCUUCCGGUAGCUACUAGAAUUGUGAAUUUAAAUAAUCCUUCUGAAGUGACUUACGAGCACGGCUAUCGUUUGGGACAAGUCGAUGGAGAUAAUGUAUACAUAAAUAAUCACUUAAAAUUUAUAUUGUCUUAUCAUAUGCAUACAAAAGAUAAAUAUCGCGUGGUUGGCUUUGAAGUUGAAACAGCUUCCGUUAAUUAUAAAGAUAUUAAAUUCGAAAGUGAUAAUUGCAAUUUUCCGGACAACGCACGUCCCCAAUUAGUUAAUCCUAAAUCUAAUACACAGCUGUAUUUCACUUAUUCGGUAGAAUGGAAAGAAUCUAAAGUCAGUUGGGCGUCGCGGUGGGACAUUUAUUUAGGGAUGAAAGAUGUACAAAUUCAUUGGUUCAGCAUUAUCAAUUCGUUGGUUGUCGUCUUCUUUUUAUCCGGCAUUCUUACUAUGAUUAUGAUACGUACUUUACGGCGUGAUAUUGCCCGUUAUAAUACCGACGAUAAUAUUGAGGAUACAUUAGAAGAAACUGGAUGGAAAUUGGUUCACGGUGAUGUUUUCCGUCCUCCUAGAAACACUCGGUUAUUUUCAGCUGUCAUAGGUAGCGGCAUACAAAUAUUUUUUAUGGCAUUAAUUACCAUAUUCUUUGCUAUGUUGGGUAUGCUUUCACCAUCUUCACGAGGCGCUCUGAUGACGUCUGGCAUUUUUAUGUAUGUGUUCAUGGGCACUAUAGCUGGGUAUUUCGCCGCUCGGCUCUAUAAGACAAUGAAAGGGCGUGAAUGGAAGAAAUCUGCCUUCUUAACUGCUACUCUUUAUCCAGGCAUAGUUUUCGGAACUGGCUUCUUUUUAAAUUUUUUUAUAUGGGAUAAACAAUCUAGUGGAGCGGUUCCAUUUGCAACUAUGAUUUCCUUACUUCUACUAUGGUUCGGAAUCUCAGUACCCUUAGUCUACUUGGGAUACUAUUUUGGUUAUCGCAAACAACCUUAUCAGCAUCCGGUACGAACUAAUAUGAUACCACGACAAGUGCCCACCCAACAUUGGUACAUGAAUAUUACGUUAAGUACUCUAAUGGCAGGGAUACUACCAUUCGGUGCCGUAUUUAUUGAACUAUUUUUUGUAUUUACUGCUAUUUGGCAAAAUCAAUUUUACUAUUUAUUUGGUUUCCUAUUCCUCGUGUUUUGUAUUUUAGUAGUUAGCUGCGCUCAAAUUUCCAUUGUUAUGACGUACUUUCAAUUAUGCGGUGAAGACUAUCGUUGGUGGUGGCGCAGUUUUAUUGUAUCCGGCGGAUCCGCUGUUUAUGUUUUAUUUUACAGUGUAUUUUAUUUUUUUACAAAGUUAGAAAUUACGGAGUUUAUUCCUACGCUUUUAUAUCUAGGAUAUACGGGUCUUAUGGUGUUAACGUUUUGGCUUUUAACAGGGACAAUUGGCUUCUUUGCUGCUUAUAGCUUUAUACGUAAAAUUUAUAGUGCUGUUAAAAUUGAUUAAUGGCUUCAUAGUGUAUACUUCUUACCCGCCAAUCUGUUUCUUACAGAUAAUGGAUGCUUCAAAUUAUUUACACUUAAAAGAGAACAAAAGAAACCUCUUAUAGUAAGAGUAAAAUUUAUUUUAGCACUACUUUCCGAGCAAAACUUGUAAGAAUAUAUUUCUUAAUAAUUUUAUUGAUAUAACGAAACGAACAGCUUAGGGUUUGGACACAGUGGUCUUGAUUGGGAUUUUAAGCUUGAAAGGAAAAUUCGAAUGCGCUGAAAGUAAUAAAUGCAACUUUAAAAAAGUAAUCACGCUUAAAAAGUAAUCAAGCCAUGUUGUGUUCAAGACCUUGAAAUUGUCUUGCAAAAUAAAAUCAAAUUUAUCAAGAUUGGCAAUUUAUGUAAUAAAGUUUUUAGCAAUUGUUUAUCUUUAUCCUUUUUCUUAUAAUUUUCGUUGGAUAUAUUUUCUUAAAUAGCAAGUUUUGUUCUUUUAGAAUACAUCUUCAUAAGUUUAUAUGUCUUUCAUAACGUUAAUAUAAUAUAUCCACACUUGUUUUAUUUUUUAUUAAAACAACGCUUAAUUAUUGUAAUUAUAAUCAUCCCAAAAGUGGAUAUUUACUGUAAUCCUCAUGCUUAUAAACUUUCUUACAGGAAUUUUUUUUUAAAUAGAUGUCUAAAAACUCUACGCUGUAUUUAUAAGCAUAACUAAAUGAAUACUAAUUUAAUUUAAUUUGUUCUUUUUAUUUCUGUAUAAAAAUUAACCUAGAA